AUGUCUGAUGUUUCAACCAAGUACGGACCCGAGGUCCAAAAAGUCACCGCAGACACACCCAUACAGGAUAUCGUCUACCUCCUCAAGCGCGACGGUGGUGUUUUUGUCAGGAACCUCAUCUCUGUCGCAGACGUUGAGAAGGCCUACGAGGAGUGCCGAGAACGCCUGGAGAAUGAUGUUGAAUGGAACGGCUCUUUUUUCCCCAACGAAUGGUCAAGAGCCGGAAGCACAAACUUCACAUGGACCCUGCUGCUGAUGUUGCACCUGCUCUCAGAGCAGACACAGCGGGCAUCAGCCCUACUGGCUAUCAGCCCUACCUAUGCCAAGACACAAGUAAUGAAUCCCGUCUACCAGCAGGUGUGCGACCACUUCCUAACCACCCGAAGUUGGUUCUGGUGGGGGAACGAAAAGAAGGAGUCGGUGUCCAAGCCUUAUGUUCACUCAUGCACAGCCAUGAGAAUCGGGCCCGGUGGUGAAGCUCAGCCUCUGCACCGGGACGAUUACAUCAGCCACAACUACCACCAGGAAGUAGACAGCUGGGAUGACGAGCGGGACAGGAAUCGAGAGACAGCCAUAGGCUUGUUCGUGGCGGGGAGCAAAGUCACCAAGGAGAAUGGAGGCACUCAGUUCAUCCCUCGAAGUCAUCUUUGGUAA